UUAAUGAACCAUAUAUACAGAUUAUACUGACAGAAUCAUGCAACUGAAGGUGAAAUGUCAUUAAAAUAUUUAUACUUUCAAGUAAUCAUAAAUAUCUGAAACAUGUUGUAUGUAUUUUUCUCAUAGUGGAAUGCAGUAGUACCAGAUGACAUGUUAUCAAUGACAAUGUCUGUUUGUUACUCUAUACAAACAAUUUUGCAGGGCAGCAAUGGACAACCUGACUUUCACAAACAGCAUUCUCCUCGUUGAGGGACUAACAGUUACACCUCAAUCUUCCUAUCCUGUUUUCAUCCUGCUUCUGUUGGUUUAUGUCUUUAUUAUGGUUUCCAACAUUGGACUCAUAAUUCUGAUCUCAACAGAGAAGAAUCUACAUCAUCCUAUGCACUUUCUGUUUUGUAACUUGCCACUGAAUGAUAUAAUGGGAACCACUGUCAUUUUGCCACGCUUAAUGCAUGACAUUUUCAGAGAAACUUCAGAGCGAUAUAUAUCAUAUCCAGAGUGUGUUGUUCAAGCUUAUUUUGUACAUGUUUUUGCAGUAGCAUGCCAUUAUGUGCUUAUGAUCAUGGCCUUUGACAGAUAUGUGGCUAUAUGUAAUCCACUGCGAUACACAGCUAUAAUGACUAAUAAAAUGGUGGUUAAACUAUCAGCAUCAGCCUGGGGGUUGUCAGUAUUCAUGGUUUCAAUUCUGUUAGGUCUUACUAUACGCCUCUCUCGCUGCAGAUCCAAAAUUGAAAACCCUUUCUGUGACAAUGCCUCACUUUUUAAACUGUCCUGUGAAAAUGUGGUUGUUAAUAAUAUCUUUGGAAUUGUUUAUACUGUGAUUGUUUUUACCUUUUCACUUGGGUCUGUAUUUAUAACAUAUGGCAAGAUUGCUACUGUAUGCAUUACCAGCAAAAACAAAUCACUGAACAGUAAAGCCAUUAAAACCUGUGGCACUCACAUAGCUGUUUAUAUAAUCAUGUUUGUUUCUUGUGCUAGUUUUAUUUUUCUUCAUCGUUUUCCUGAAUACUCUGAAAACAGGAAACUAGCUAGUAUAAUGUUCCAUAUUGUACCACCAGGACUAAAUCCUUUAGUAUAUGGUUUACAAACCAAAGAAAUAAGACAGAAAUUUGUAAAUAUUUGGUGUAGAAAAAAAUUGAAUUCCUAA